AGAAGUAUUUUUCAGUAAAACACCCUUUCAGUGCUAAGCAUAGAAAACCUUUGUAAGUACAGCGCAUCUCAUUUAUUGUUCUACACUUGGGAUUUACUAAACCAGCAAACCAGAUGUACUGGAUAUUAAUUUUUUGGCUGACGUGUCAGACUGUCUUUUCAGAUAUUAUAAACAAGCUUUCCUGUCUGUUGCUCUAAAGUAUCUCCUGUGAUUUUUUGUGGCGCUUUUUUCUUCUAAACAUUAUUUCAACAUCUGUGACCUGAAAAUCAAGAACAAGCAGGUCAAAUGUCUAAUGCACCAGCAAAUCCUCAAUAUCCAGUAAAUCCUGCUUAUCAACAAAACCCUGCCUAUCCACCAGCUACUGGCUAUGCACCAUCUCCAAAUCCUGGUUAUACACCGGCAUCAGCUCCUGGUUAUGCACCAUCUCCAGCUCCUGGUUAUGCACCAUCUCCAGCUCCUGGUUAUACACCGGCAUCAGCUCCUGGUUAUGCACCAUCUCCAGGUCCUGCAUAUGCACAGACUCCGGCUCCAGGUUAUACACCAGCUCCGACUCCUGGCUAUGCACCAGCUCCAGGUUAUGCCCCAACCCCAGCUCCUGCACCCCUAGCUCCUGCACCAACUCCAACUAUAAAUAUCAGUCUUAAUCAAAAUCAACAAACAGGAGGGGGAGCAACGUCUCCAUCUAUGGGAGUAGUGAGAACUCAACCGAUUCUUAUUGCUGCCCCAGUGGUCUUCAGAAAUAUCCCACUUCAGAUGACAUGUCCUUCCUGUAAACUUGGUAUAAUGACUGAAACUGUUUACAAAUCUGGAGGAUUGGCUUGUUUUAUGUGUGCCAUGCUUGCUAUUGCUGGGUGUUGUUUAUGUUCCUGGAUCCCUUUUGCUGUUAACAGCUGUAAGGAUGUAACACACCAUUGUCCUAAUUGCAAAUCAAUUCUUGGGAAGUACAAACCACUUUGAGUUGAUUGGCUGGCUUCAGCAGUGGUGAAGAAACAAUUCCAUCUAUGACUGCAGCUUUUUUCCAAGCAUUGAGUUUGUUAUUAAAGGAUUAGUUCCCAUAAAACCAUUAGCUAAACUGACAUUCACACAAAUGCUUUGAAAUCAGAGCUUAAUAAAUGACCACAACUUGAUUUAUCGAAAUACAAAAAAAAUAAAUAAAUAAA